AUGUAUUCGGGCGUGGUCCUAGAAUCAAAUGAUGAUGAAGAAAAAGAGGUCGAGUUGAGGGGCGGUCAUUGUAUUUCACAGAGUCCGUUAGGACAGGAUGACAAGAGGAGAGACAAGGGCAUCUACGAUGACAAACUGAUGUGUCGUGCCUUUCUCUAUCCUAUCAGAAAAAUAUUUAGCAUGUCUUCAUUAUCUUCACAUCCAUUAACAACAGAAGCAAUAUCAACUCCUUCAACACUAUCACCAUCUACAUCAUUAUCAUCAUCAUUAUCGUCAUCAUCAACCGAUUUUUCCACUCAUUCACAAUCAUCCCAAGGCAAAUUUUCAAACUGUUAUGAAGUACCAUUGCAAAAUGGUCGUGUAAAUAAAGUGUCAUGCAGACGACGUGAACAUAAACGAACAAUUGCUAAAUUACGUCGCAUGUUACCACAUGGAAAAAAUGUGAUACAAUGCUCAGAGUUGGAGCUUAUCAAUCAUAUCAUGGAUUAUAUUAUCUUUCUUGAGGAGAUAUUGCGAUCACAAGAAAAUAUAACUGAUGAGAAUCAUUCAUCAACAAUCGACGUCGCAAAUCUGAACAGAGCAUUAUCACGAUUUCAUUUACGUAGCACCAAUAAACGACGACCUUUAAGACCUAGAAAACAAAUAUGUGCUUAA